UCUAGUGAAUUAUUUUGUUCAGUGUGGAUGGGCAAUUCAAAAAAGAGUUCUUUUUGAAAUUGGGAUUCUUUGUAAAAUUCACUUCCUGUGAAAUUGAUAUUUCCGUAUUUCGAUUACAAGUGCCAAGCAAUUGAUAAUUACUUGUAGUGAAUCAGGAAUAUCUCUGAUUAAAUGCAGAUUGCAUAAUAUAUUAUUAUAUAAAGUUUUUUUUUUGAAUAAUUCUGAGUUUCUUCGAAAGCAAAUAUGGAUGAAAAUAAGUCCAUAGAAAAAGACAGUGAAAGUGAUAUAACUGAAGAGAAGGGCAGUAAUCUAGCAAAAUUUCUAAAUAAUUUAACACAAAAAUUCAAUGGACUCGAUUUGUGUGACGACGUGCGUUCACUUGAGAAAACAACAAGGGGAUCUAAUUAUUUUCUUAGUUUGCCAGCAAAUUUAGGAGAAUUCAAGCCUUUAAUUAUUCCUAAUCAGUAUGAUCCAGAGAAAGAAAUAAAGUUGGCCCACAGUCAAAAUUUCGCCUCAAGUUCUUUGGUUAAAAAUAAACCAUUUUUGGUCAACUUUAAUGAACGUCUUCAUCUCCAACCUAAUUACGUAAAAGAAGCAUUAACUAUGUUGCUACAAAUCGAAGAUGUUCAUACUGUGCAUCCUUAUUAUGAUUUAUACCAAAUAAAUGUACUGUUAGAAGAUUGUGAUGAUUUACUAAGUUUUAAGGUGGAAAAUUGUAACUUCAAGGAAAUAGUUAAUGUCAAAAUAGAUGAAGUUGUGCUGAUAAAAACAUCGAGUGCAAGAAAUAAAAUAGAGCGUAAUGAUCUAUUCAACAUCCAGAGACCCUUAGGUCAUGUUAGAACAUUAGAAAAAGUGGACAAAAAAAAUGCAUAUAUUGCAAAACACAGAACCGAAGAGGGCGCAGUUUUGGAUUUGUCGUCACAUAUCGAUUUAAAGCAUAAAUAUGAUAUAAUUAUAUGUCCCAGUCGAUACAAUUUUCGUAUUCAAUAUCGUGCAUUGGAAUUGCUUAAUGCGUCGCAAACGAAAUAUAUUUUUCCCACUAAAAGUUUACCAAAAGUGGAAGCCGUCAACAAUUUUAAUUUGGAAAUCAUCAAUGAACACAUAUGCGAAAAUCCCGAACAGUUACAAGCUGUGCGGCGAAUUGUUAAUGGUGCAAAUCCCUAUGCUCCAUAUAUAAUCGUAGGUCCGCCAGGUACUGGCAAAACAACAACAAUCGUAGAAGCCAUACUACAAAUUUAUAUACAUGAACCAAACUCACGUAUUUUGAUUACAACAAGUUCAAAUUCGGCUUGCGACACUGUUACACUAAAAAUAUGCGAAUACUUUGAAAAUAAUCAAAAACUAAUUGAAAUAUCCGAAAAGCGUAACGGUUACGACCUAAAUUCCAAACCUAAAAUACCUCAAAAUAUAUUACGGGUAUUUUCGAAGUCAUGGAUCAAAAGAUUUGGCAUUAAAAAUUUGAAUCCUAUAUUGCGUUGCAAUUCGAAUAUCUGUGAUGAGAACUGUUCCUGGCCCUCUGUUCACGUUUUGCAAAAUUAUAGCAUGAUUGCUGUUACACUUUCUUCCAUGGGUCAUUUACUCACCGGAAUAGAAGGACAUUGGCCCUUUACGCACAUUUUUAUAGAUGAAGCGGGAGCUGCUACUGAAAUAGAAACACUAAUUGCUAUAACAAGUGUUGACACAAACAAAUGUCGAGUUAUCUUGUCAGGCGAUACAAAACAAUUGGGUCCCGUGGUGAUGUCAAAAGUUGCUAGUAAAUGUGGACUUAAGCAUUCACUUAUGGAACGUUUACAAGCUUGUGACUAUUACAAGGUUGAAAAAGAUGGCACAUACGAUGAUGGUGCACAAACACGUUUACGUCGAAAUUAUCGUUCACAUCCGAACAUUUUGCAAUUGUUUAAUCAUUUAUACUACAAUGAUGAAUUGAUUGCUGAAGUUGAAAAGGAUACUCUUAUAGUGUGGGAUGAUUUAGAGUUGCUCGAUAAGAAAAAUUUUCCCAUAAUUUUCGAAGAAGUACAUGGUUCACUCAGUCAUGGAAAAAGAUCGCGUAGCUCUUGUAAUUUAGAAGAAGUGAAUAGAGUUGUCAGUAUUAUCUGGGAAUUGAAAGAUCAUGUCGAACUUAAUAAAAUCGGUGUGAUAUCACCUUAUAGAUUACAAUGUGCACGAAUAAACGAAUUGUUGCGCGAACAAAAGUUGAAAGGCAUAGAAGUUGGUACGGCAGAAAUGUUUCAAGGGCGUGAAAAACAUGUCAUCAUCGCAUCUUUUGUUAAAUCAAAUUGCCAUUUAGGUUUUGUAACGGAUCCACAGCGUUUGAAUGUCAUACUGUCGCGAGCUCAAUCAUUGCUUAUACUCGUGGGGAAUCCCAUCACAUUGGCGGAAAACAGUGAUUUCAAGUAUCUCAUUGAGGAGUGCAAACGCAUGGGUACAUUUCAUAAAAAUUAAAGAAUUGAAAUAAUUUCUACUUUUAAUUUUUUAUUUGAAUUUUUAUAUUACUACCCGCAUGGUAAACGCGAAUUUGAAACUAUAAUAAUUAAUAGUAUAUACAAAUACAUGUACAUAUGUAUUUAUAUAGUUAUUUUACUUUUAAAAGUUGUCAACAAAAUGUCUUAGUUUUAAGUCAUAUAUUUACUAAAUUUAAGAAUACAAUGUAUUUUUAUUUGAUCUUUUUUUAUAUACGUCUCACGUUUA